UGACAUCAACCCCUCCAAACUCACUUCCGUAAAGCGACUGUCCUGAACUUUCAGCAUGGCUCGCGCAACGCUGGAUAUUUACCUCAGUAAUGAUGCUCUCGCAAACUUCUGCCCAAGCGCUUGCCCGCCUCCGCGCAUACAACCCUCCACCGACACAAUGGUAUAAUUGCCCGCUAACACGACGCGCCGCCGUCCUGAUACUCCUUUUCCCGGACCGAUAUGGCGACCUCAAAGUCGUCCUCACGAUGCGCGCGGCUACACUGAGGAAUUAUGCGGGACAGGCAGCACUGCCCGGAGGAAAGGCGGACACGCUCGAUGAACAACCCUUCGAUACCGCGCGGCGAGAAGCAUACGAGGAGAUUGGACUGCCUACAACGGACACCAAGCUCCCACCGGGCUUCAAAGUCGAGCACCUGUGCGAAAUGCCGUCCAACCUGGCGAAGACGGAACUCGGUGUACGGCCUUGCGUUGCGUUUCUGUGUCCUUCCGCUACUACGUCGGCCUCGUCGUUGUCGGGAGACGAAGACAUGAACGCCGCCUCCGCCGUCGAGGAAAAGAUGAUUCCAAGGCUCGAUCCGAAGGAGGUGGCCGCCGUCUUCACAGCGCCCUUCCGCAACUUCCUGCGCAAGACCUGGGACGGCCCCGCGCCAGGCCCCACACAGCCCAGCGGUAAGCCCGAGAAAUGGUAUCGCGGCAGCUGGACGGACUGGCACGAGAGCCGUUGGCGUAUGCACAACUUCUACAUUCCGCGCCCGCCACCUGCCUCGCCCACACAACUCCGGCACAAUCCUUCACAGUCACGGUCUUCUCCUCUUCGCUCUUCUUCUUCCGCUUCAUCAGGGAAGAAAGACGUUCCACAGGGCGAUGACCCGCGCCCGGAGCCCGCGGCUUUUGAGGCGUUGACUACAUUCCGCGUGUUUGGGAUGACGGCUAGGAUACUGGUGGAUGCGGCGAGGGUCGCGUAUGGCGAGGAGCCGGAGUUUGAGCAUAAUAGUCAUUUCGGGGAUGAAGAGAUGAUUGGGAGAUUGUUGAAGAUAGGCAGGCUGAGUGAGGUUCGGAGGAAAGGAGACGAGUUGACGCGGGAGGUGCUCAGGGAGGCUAGUAAGAUAUAGACAUUGGGAAGGUGGGAAGUUAGAUGUUGCCUUGUAGACUUUGCUCAAAUAACCGUAUACGGCGAAUUUCACAGUAAAGUGCACAACAUCAUGUCUCCUAGAUAUCCUACCCUAUACCCAGGGUUCUCAUUUCUAAAAUCCUAGGGAGUGAAACACAUGGUAGAGUCUACGACGUCACAUAUGCAUGAUUGGAGAUUCUAU